ACCGCCCUCUCAAUGAAUGAGGAAGUUAGUUAGCUGCUAGCAUAGUAUGCUAAUGGAGUUCUGAUUAUUUUUGUUAUUGUAAAUAAAAGGUUUCAGAAGACAUAUAUCACCUUUCCAUUAGUGCGAGGAUACUUUACUUUUGGACGGAAUUACUGUUUCAACGGGGAACCCGUUUUCCGAGUAUGAAACAACCGAAUGUAUGAGUUAGCGCGUGGGUAUGUUUACAAAACAGGUGAAGCUCCCCAUCCGAAAGUUAGCUAGGCGAUCUAGCUAGCUAUAUCAAGCCAAUUAGCUAUCCAAAUAGCACAACGGGAAGUAAAAUGUGUUGGAUAAUGCCAUAGUAAAUAUAUUUUACCAAUCUAGAUUUACAAAUCUGGGUACAGUAAAUUGCUGAAGUUGUAGAUGAAGUUAUAGCUAAAAAGCUAAAUUAGCUUGCGAAUGUUUUGGCGCAACCUUAAGGUUCCCCACGCGCAGAACUGUGAUUACACUGAAGAAGAUAAAGUAUGUAAAUUAUAUAAAUAGUCUCUAAAAACACUACGAAUGGGAAAGCACAUGAUAUUCUUGUUAUGACGACAUUGUGUGCACCUGUUGACGUCGUCACAUUAUACCUAUACACUAGCUAUAACUAACGUUAUAGUCUAGCUAAAUAAAUUGUGGGUUUGUCAACAUGGCAAGUGCCUUAGCAGCUAAAAUGGGACUCAACUCAUUGAGAAGAAAACAAGCCAAGAACUUCAAUGUCAGGAUCACCACAAUGGAUGCAGACAUGGAAUUCAGUUGUGAGGUCAAAUGGAAGGGAAAAGAUCUUUUUGAUCUGGUGUGCCGGGCUCUGGGACUGAGAGAGACGUGGUUCUUCGGGUUCCAGUAUGAUGUCAAAGACACUGUAGCCUGGAUCAAGAUGGACAAGAAGGUUUUGGACCACGAUGUGUCCAAGGAGGAACCAAUCACCKUUAAUUUCCUGGCCAAGUUUUACCCUGAGAACGCAGAGGAGGAGUUGGUUCAGGACAUCACUCAGCAUCUCUUCUUCCUACAGUUUAGCAUGUUUUGGUGGGAUGGAGUUUUGGUCGCCCCACCGAACCUUGGUGGAGCACAUGGGAGAAAUGAGAGAUCGGAUGGCAACCCUGUGGCCCCUGGUACGGGAACACAUGCUGGAGGCCCAAACGAGGGUGUACAACAGAGGGGCACAGCGAAGGGACUUUCAGCCAGGAGACAAAGUGUUGGUGUUGGUCCCCACCUCAGAAUAUACGUUUUUGGCCCGAUGGAAUGGGCCAUACGAAGUCAUUGAGAAGAAGGCUACCACAGAGACCGAGCCGGCAGAGGUGACAAUGGAGGAGCAGCUGAGUCAAGUCAAGAAGCAGGAGCUGAGGGAGUUGGURGGCCGAAAACAGGAUGUGUUCUCCAGUGAACCAGGACACACCGAUCUGGCACAGCAUCAUCACCGAACCCAGGAAAAAGGUGAAGUUGAGACCCUACCGCAUACCGGAAGCAAGGAGAGAGGCUGUCAGGACCGAGGUAAAAACGAUGUUGGAAGCUGAUAUAAUCGAAGAGUCGAAUAGUGGGUGGUCCAGCCCCAUAGUGUUGGUGCCGAAACCAGACGGCACCAUUCGAUUCUGUAAUGAUUUUAGAAAAGUAAAUGAAAUCUCAAAGUUCGACGCCUACCCCAUGCCCCGAAUUGAUGAAUUAAUCGAACGGCUAGGGACAGCCCGAUUUAUCAGCACGCUCAACCUGACAAACGAUUAUUGGCAAAUGCCCUUAGCUCCCGAGGCACGGAAGAAAACUGCUUUCGCCACCCCGGACGGACGUUCCAAUARAAGAAGCUGCCCUUUGGGCUGCAUGGGGCCCCGGCCACCUUCCAGAGGUUGAUGGACCGGGUUCUCCGAUCCCAUUGGAAGUAUGCGGCGGCAUACAUCAAUGAUAUUGUGAUCCAUGGGAGUGAGUGGGAGACCCAUCUAAACCAGGUGAGCGCGGUAGUGCAGGCCUUACGGAAGGCGGGGCUAACAGCAAACCCAAAGAAAUGUCAGCUCGGCCUACGGGAGGCUGAGGACCUGGGGUACACGAUCGGGAAGGAAUGCGUCAAACCCCAGGUGAAGAAAGUGGAGGCGAUUCAGGACUGGCCCCGCCCCCUCACCAAGAAGCAGGUACGCACGUUUGUGGGGUUGACUAGUUACUACCGGAGAUUUAUUCCCCACUUUGCCU